AUGGAGACCUCGAUGCUUCCGCCAGAUUAUCAGCAGGCAAUUGGAUGGCUGCAAGCACCUCCAGAGGGUCGGAUGAUAUACGAACGUCAUCUUGUUACAUGUCCUCCCGGUAUCACGAACUGGAUCUUUGAAGACGGGAGAUAUCAAGAUUGGUUGCAAUCCACGGGACGAAGUACACUAUGGAUAUUUGGGCCACCGGGAUGUGGCAAGUCGGUGCUCAGUGCAUCUGUAGUCGAGCAACUACUCAAAUCCAGUUCAGAGAGGAUAGGACUGGCUUACUUCUUCUUUUCCUGGAACUAUGAGCUUGACACCGUCGUUGCUCUUUUUUCUGCUCUACUCUCUCAGCUAUGGAUCCAGAUAGCGACAAGGGUGAAUGGCAUAGAAGAAUCUCCGGCCUUCGAGGAGCUCGACCUUGGGAGUCGACCUACGGUUGACGAAGUUUUUGGCCUGCUGAUAAAAACGCUCUCUGUUUUCGAUCGCGUAUCUGUGGUCAUUGACGGCUUGGAUGAAUGUCGACCAGAUGACCGUCCCUCAUGUCUUGAGCUAAUCAACCGUUUGCGUCUAGAGCAUCCGGACAAGCUUUACAUUCUGAUCACGAGUCGGCGCAAUCUUGACAUAGAGGAAGCUCUGAAGACAUCGACACCAAGCUCGAUAAUCUCGUUCCAGAAUCACAUGACCGACCACAAUAUCUCGUCAAUAGCUUACGAGAAGUUGCUCGACAGUAUUCCCGUCGAACAGCAUCCAUUGGCAAAGUCGGCCCUCAGUUGGCUGACGUUCGCAUUAGAGCCGCUGUCUGUCGAAGCGUUAGCGGAAGCUGUUGCUCUACGCGAACAUGACCUCGAACAUGAUCUCGAGAUACGCGCUCACGAUCCACAAUCUCUUUUGGCAAUUUUAGCCCCAUUUGUGUCUCCAGGACCAGAUCCAUCAAUUCGGCUGGAUCGAGACCUGCUGAAUGCUCUUUCCUCGGGUAUUAUCACCAAAGAUGCUCUGGGGACUUUCUACACGAAUCAGGACGAAGUUCGGUUGUAUAUGGCCGAAUGCUGCAUACAGUACGUCUUGCUCUAUGCAAGAUCGGAGGCCCGGGAAGGAAAUACAAACGAUAUGUCCACUUUUCCCUUGUUGCAAUACGCUAGUAAACACUGGAUACCGCACCUACGACAGCUUUGGGAAGUAUACACGAAGGAGGAGCAGAGUAAUAUUGAGCAACUUACUCUGAGAUUUCUCUCUGAUGACGAAUCACUUGAUUGCUGCUUAUCGGUCUACGACCCGCAGGAUCCCGGUCGAGAGCCAUUUACAGCUUCUGCAAACAGAGAUGCAGCCAUAUUUUACGCAGUUCGGACAGGUAUGGAAAGCGUGGUUACCGCUCUCCUUGAGAGUGAUGCUGCGAGCAACGAGUGUGACGACCUCGGUCGUCAACCAUUACACAUAGCCGUCGAAAAUGACGAUGCUCACAUUGUUAAGGUGCUAGUCCAACACCAUGCGAGUACUACUGCGGAGAAUGAGUGUGGCGAAACGCCCCUUUCAAUUGCUGCACUCUCAAACUCGAGCUCUGAAACACUUGACAUAUUGCUCCAACACACAGAACUACAAGUUUUGUCGGACUUGAACGUGAAAGGAGCGCCUUUUAUACGUGUCGUUACGCAAAAAAGCACCGGCCAAGUGUUAGACAAGCUUAUUUCCCACCUCGGAUUAUCGGUGGAGGAGCUAAAUCAGAAAGACGAAGAUGGCCGAACGUUGUUGCAUUUCGCUGCCGAAUGGGGAAAUACAUCGACAAUAUCUACUCUUCUGGAAGCAGGUGCUGAUGCAAAUGUGGGAGAUAAGGAGGACGACAGGCCUUUGCAUCUUGCGGUUCGGUUUGAUCAAGAAGAAGCAAGAGAGAGGCUGAUUGCUGGCAAUGCUGACCCGACACUCUUUAAUUUGAAGAAAGAGACCCCUCUUGCAGAGUCGUGGACACGAAAAUCGCUGGAUUGGAAUUCUUAUCAAGUGGACAUGGCGCUUGAAGCAAGCUCAAACAUGAGUCGGCCGUCACAAGCAGCCUGUCAUAUUUUGUCAAAGCAAGGGGAUUGUCAGGGGCCACAAAUAAUCUUCUCCAAAACUUACGAUUGGUCUCAUCUAGACGGCAAUGAAAACAGAAAGGCCGAGCGGAAAACUCUUCUACUAUCUCUGAUGCGCGAGAAGAAGUCUCUCCAGCGCCUAGACCACCCCUUCAUUGUCUCGUAUCUGGGCUUUAUUCAACUAGAGCAGAAGAAGUCCAAAUAUAACUUGUAUCUGGAAUAUUGCGAUGGUGGGGACUUGGAAACAAGGCAUGUUAACAGGACACAGCAAAAUGAAGGGCCCGCGAGCGAUGACGAAGAAGACGAAGCGCUCCUAGCUGAAGCAGGUAUACAAGACUCAUCUGACACGACUAGCCCGGAUGAAAACCCUCCCACGUCCAUGAAGGCGGUAGAGCGCCAAGCCUUGGAUGAAGACGCUGUCUGGACCUUGAUGUACCAGCUAUUUGCCGCUCUGGCCUAUCUCCAUUACGGCAUCUCGAUCUCAAAAGAGGGGGCCUGUCGCGUUGAGCAUCACUGGGACACUAUGUUGCACAGAGACAUAAAGCCCCAUAACAUCGUCCUGAACUCUGGGCCAAACGGCCAGCGAAUCGCGAAGUUAUGUGACUUGGGACACGUUCGUAACUGGAAAGCCGCCGGCCCGAUGACCGUUCCCACAUAUAGAGGGACACGCGAGUAUUGGCCACCAGAAAUCCAAGGUGCAAGUCUCUCACUAGAGGAGCGGCACCGUCAAUGGUCUACGAAAGGCGAUGUCUGGUGCCUUGCAAAGUCUCUUAUAGAAGUCGAAAAAGAUUUCUCACCUGGUCCUGGGAUGGUAGAGGUUUUCGACGGAUGCUCAGUUGAGCUUCCAGAAAAGCGAUGGAGCAGUCUCUCUGCAUUAGAACACAUCCACCAGUACCGACACUUCUUGCAUGAGCCUUUCACAUCCUUCGAGAAAUUACUAGGCGGAAAGCCGCCUGGAUACGAGUAUCAAGCUUUCCUUCAGAUAAUACCCAUACUGGACACCUUCGCGCCCUACACGCAAGUCACCAAGACACAGCGAAGGAAACUACUGGAUAGACUUACAUUGCUGUUGAAGGAUGGUCCAGGAGCCAUGCAUACUUUUCGAACACACUCGCGAUCGUUGCACCUUGCGGUCUUACUGAAUGAGGAAGAUCUGCUGAAGCGGCUGCUCUCUAGUGAUGGACAACAGAACCCUGACGAGCCAUGGCCGAAAUCUAAGUGGACAGCUCUUCAUCUUGCCGUUCAGCAAAACAAAUUGGAGUUUGUCGAACUGCUUCUAGAAGCUGGUGCGAACGUGAACCUGGAGGAUGUGCACCAAAUGAAGCCUCUGUUUUAUGCAAUAACAGAGGGCUAUAGCGAUAUCGAAUGGCGGCUGCUGUCACCCACUAAGGAAAGACUAUCUCGGUCGUCAAUCUCUCUUUCCACAUCAAAGGAGGAUGUUCAAAGAAGAAAGCAUAGGUCGAGAGCUGUACAGGCCUAUCGACAAUCGUGGAGGAGAUAUCCUACCAUCCUGUUCCCUUGGAGGAUGAAGCGUAAGGUCGCAGCAGCGCCAUCUGUGACCUGA